AUGACCACGAUCGGCUCCAACAAUGCAGAACUGGAAAGCAUAAAUCCGUUUGACCAGUUGCUCGAGGACAGCCAGCAUGACCCAAUCCAGCUACAAGAGCGAUACGAGAACCACCGGUCCCAUCGAAAUGCCCAGUAUCAGACGAAGCUCCUGAGCUCCAACUUUCCAGGCUGGCAAGUCGACGAGAUCCUCAGCAAGCUGCAUUCGCAGAUGACCAACCCGAACGACAGCCUUGAAGCGCCCUUCAUUGACCCCCGGAAUAAUUUGAACAUCUACGCCCGACCACCGCAGCAUAUACGAGACCUGGUAGCCGAAGUACAGCGAGAGAUCAAGCAGCUGGCUCCAACCAUUUGGGUUACACCCCAGGAUUACCUGCACAUGACAGUGCUCGAGAUGGCCAGCGGCCGGGCACCACCGGAGAUUGAUUCUCUCCACGCCCACCUGGAAAGGAGCGGCAUUUUGCCCGAGCUGCUCGACUACCCUUUGCACCAUCGGACACGGCUGGUCAAGCCGACCGUCAGCUACGACGACACGGCAAUGGCGCUGAGCUUUCUUCCCGCCGCUGGGGAGGAGGGGGAUGCUCGCCCGAUAGACGACGGAUAUACCUACCACCAGCUGCGGCGAGACAUGUACGGUCGCGUGACGGCUACCGGUCUGCAGAUGACGCCCCGGUAUAUCCAUCCUACCGCACACAUCACCAUCGCCCGGUUUAUCACCCACGAAGGGUUCCACACUGGGGGUGUUCUUGAUCGUACGCAAGUGGCAUCUUUGGUGGACAAGAUCGAGCAGAUUAAUAGGGGCCUUCGAGAGAAAUUUUGGCCGGUCGAUGACGGGGUCUUGUCAUCCACGGAACCAACCCCCACUGAAUGGGUGGUCAACGUUCCGAAAACCCGCCGGACGUACUGCAAGUCCAAGGACUGCCACAAGCACCAGCAGCACAAGGUCACCCAGUACAAGGCUGGCAAGGCCUCCCUGUACGCCCAGGGUAAGCGUCGUUACGACCGAAAGCAGAGCGGUUAUGGUGGUCAGACCAAGCCCGUCUUCCACAAGAAGGCCAAGACCACCAAGAAGAUCGUCCUGCGUCUCGAGUGCACUGCCUGCAAGGCCAAGAAGCAGCUGUCUCUGAAGCGCUGCAAGCACUUCGAGCUUGGUGGUGACAAGAAGACCAAGGGUGCUGCUCUGGUUUUCUAA